UCGUUCGCGAAGUGUGGGCACCACGUACUAAGCUGGAUGGGGGAAGGGUCACCUUUCCCUUCCCCUUAUGCCCUGUGGCGAGAAACGUGCUCGGGGCUUUGGUAAUUUGUUCUUUUCCAUUCUGGGUUCUGGGAGUUGUGAAGAUCCCGGACCUAGGAGCUUGAAUCAUGGAGACUUUGGAGCCAGGAUUGCAGAGUGUUGCCGGAUAUGGCCACCACCCCAGCAGGAAGCCAUUAGAAGCCAGCGACACAAGCCCAGUGGGGCUUCAGACUUGGAACUUGGUGGAACUGAUGCUUUACUAGAACCGACCUAAGCUGGAAUCUAAUGGAUUACCUUCCCCUCCCCUUUCCCAGAGACGAAGAAGGCCAUAUCUUCCAAGAUCAGCGUUCGGGUGACCACCAUGGAUGCCGAGUUGGAGUUUGCCAUCCAACCGAACACCACUGGAAAGCAACUCUUUGACCAGGUCGUGAAGACCAUCGGCCUGAGAGAGGUUUGGUUCUUUGGCCUGCAGUACCAAGAUACCAAGGGUUUCUCCACAUGGCUGAAACUCAACAAAAAGGUGACAGCCCAGGAUGUGCGGAAGGAGAGCCCCCUGCUCUUCAAAUUCCGGGCCAAGUUUUACCCUGAGGAUGUGUCCGAGGAGCUCAUUCAGGACAUCACCCAGCGCCUCUUCUUCCUGCAAGUGAAGGAAGGCAUCCUCAACGAUGACAUCUACUGCCCUCCGGAGACUGCCGUCUUGCUGGCCUCCUAUGCGGUCCAGUCCAAGUAUGGCGACUUCAACAAGGAGGUGCACAAGGCUGGCUACUUGGCUGGGGACAAGCUUCUGCCCCAGAGAGUCUUGGAGCAGCACAAGCUGAACAAAGAUCAGUGGGAGGAGAGGAUCCAGGUGUGGCAUGAGGAGCACCGGGGUAUGCUGAGGGAAGAUGCUGUCCUGGAAUAUCUGAAGAUAGCUCAAGACCUGGAGAUGUACGGGGUGAAUUACUUCAGCAUCAAGAACAAGAAGGGUUCCGAGCUGUGGCUGGGCGUGGAUGCCCUGGGACUCAACAUCUAUGAACAGAAUGACAGGCUGACCCCCAAGAUUGGCUUCCCCUGGAGCGAAAUCAGGAACAUUUCCUUCAAUGAUAAGAAAUUUGUCAUCAAGCCAAUUGACAAGAAAGCUCCGGACUUUGUCUUCUAUGCGCCCCGUCUCCGCAUCAACAAGCGCAUCCUGGCGCUGUGCAUGGGGAACCAUGAGCUGUACAUGCGGCGCCGCAAGCCAGACACCAUUGAGGUGCAGCAGAUGAAGGCCCAGGCCCGGGAGGAGAAACACCAGAAGCAGAUGGAGAGGGCCCUCCUGGAGAACGAAAAGAAGAAGCGAGAGCUAGCUGAGAAGGAGAAGGAAAAAAUCGAGAGGGAGAAGGAGGAGCUGAUGGAGAAACUGAAGCAGAUUGAGGAACAGACCAAGAAAGCUCAGCUAGAACUGGAAGAGCAGACUAGGAAAGCUCUGGAGCUGGAAGAGGAGCGGAAGCGAGCCCAGGAUGAGGCCGAGAAGCUGGCCAGGGAGCGGCGAGAGGCCGAGGAGGCCAAGGAGGCCUUGCUCCGGGCCUCUCGGGACCAAAAGAAGACCCAGGAGCAGCUGGCAUCUGAGAUGGCAGAGCUGACAGCCCGGAUCAGCCAGUUGGAGAUGGCCCGGCAGAAGAAGGAGAGUGAGGCUGUGGAAUGGCAGCAGAAGGCCCAAAUGGUCCAGGAGGACCUGGAGAAGACCCGGGCUGAGCUGAAGAAUGCCAUGAGCACCCCCCAUGAGAAUGAACAAGAUGACGAGCAGGAUGAGAAUGCGGCUGAAGCUAGUGCUGAGCUGCGGGCUGAGGCCUCCACCAAGGACCGCAGUGAGGAAGAGCGGACCACUGAGGCCGAGAAGAACGAGCGGGUCCAGAAACACCUGAAGGCCCUGACCUCGGAGCUGGCCAACGCCCGAGAUGAGACCAAGAAGACAACCAACGACAUGAUUCAUGCAGAGAACAUGCGUCUGGGGCGUGACAAGUAUAAGACCCUGCGUCAGAUCCGCCAGGGUAACACCAAGCAGCGAAUUGAUGAAUUUGAGUCCAUGUAAUCCUCUUGCCCCGUCCCCCCCCUCCCAGCCAUCUCUGACCUCUCCUCCUCCCCACCACCUUUCUGAACCAACCAAUCGGCCCUCCAGGGACCCCAGAGCACCCUCCUCUCUCCACAGGAGAGGAGGAGGGAGAGAAAUUUGAACCCCUUCCUUCCCUCUCCCUUGCCCUCAGCUGCCAGCUUAGUCCAGGCCCUGACUUGCCUUCUCCAGAGGCUUUGUUCCUAUCCUUGUCCCCAGUGGUUCACUGCUGGGUUUGCCCCUUUUCCCUUCCUAUCAGAGAGCCCCAGCCAUAGGGCACGGUGUCUAGGCACAUGUGGGUCUUCUCCAAGUUCUUGUGGCUCAGUGCAAAUUAGGAGGAGGAGGGUUGGGGAUGAGAAUAGGGAACUCACUCCAAAGAUCAGAGAGAGACAUUCCCCAAGCCUGCUCUACGCAGAACCUUUCAGGCUACCAGGAGAGGGGAAAGCAGCCUAGGUGGGAAGAGAAAUCCCUUCCUAGACCCCGGCCCAGUUAGUUGGGUUUGGCAACUCAGCACCCCGAGAGAGAAAGAGAGAGGGAGGGAGGGAGGAAGAUUCAAGCAAGACACCAAAAAACAUUUUAAGUCUUGGCUGCCCAGCACCCCCAAGCAAAACAGUGCCUUAGAGGAGCUGUUUGGGUGCCUUACGGGGGCUGUUGAGGAGGCCUUCUGAUUGGCCACCUGUGCCUUGGGGGCUGUCCCUUCUCCCCUAGAUGGGCCAGCCCCUCCCCUCCCUCCUUCCCUAGUGAGACUGAAUGAAGAGAAAGCCCAGGGGAGUAGCCCACAGCUCCCUGUCCUGGGGAAGGGGUCACCCAGCUCUCUCCUGGGUCUGUGGCAUCCACCAUAUCCUAAAGGCCUGAGCAGACAAAGGGCUCCCACCAAAUAGUCCCUCCUUUCCUCUACGGAGAGAUUGCCCAAGGUGUGUGUGUGAAAGGGUUAAUUGGAUGUUACCACUCCAUACCAGAGAUGCUCCAGUCUCCUAAGACACACCUCUAUGGCAUGUACGGAGGGGAUGGGACCAUGCCUGCCACCAGUGACCUCCCUGCAGACAGCCCCUCUCCUCACCACCCCCUUCUGGGGGGGUGGGGUGCUAGGGGGGAGGCUGCCUGUGGGUCACUUUUAAAUGUCCUGGCCCCUCCCUUCCUACCCCACCCCACCCUGCCCGGCAUGCUGUUGAGGCAUCCUUGCCAGGCUGGCUGGGGGGUACCAGCACCCUCCCAAUAUGAUGCCUGUAUGAUGUACCCUUCCCCCACCCACCAUCUAAUAAAACGGGGAUUCCCUCCUUCCUCUUACGCAUAAAUAGAAUCUCGUUCUCGUCUCGGAGUAGGGCUGCGUUUUGGCCUCCCAUCCCUCCCACACCUUGAAAGUGUAUACUGUAUUAUAAAGAAGAUAUUUUGCAGGAAAUUAAUGUAAAACGCUUUCCGUAUCAGUGAUGACAUCAUCACAUUAGGUCACGCUAGAUUGUUUUAUUAUUUUUAUUAUUUGUUCUGCAGCUUUUUUUCUGUUUCUGUCUGGUUUCUCUGGGUUCGACAGACCUGACUUCUUCUUCCCUUCCCCAGUUGGUCAACGGGACGGGGAUGGGGGCGGGGCCCAGCUGCCAUCUGGCUUCCUUCUGAAGUCAUGUUUUGCUGUAAAACCUAACAGCCCUCUCGCUGUCCUGGGCCUCGAGAGGUUAACUUGAUGUUGUGUCCCUGAAAGCAAGAGUUGGGGCAGUAAUUCACCCCAUGGGAGGCUGGGGCAGAAGACUAGACUUUGUGCGUGCGUCUUAUGUGUAUUUUUUUUUUGUUAUUUGUCUGGAGGGGUUUAUUCUAAAGUCACAUCAUGUUCGGUUUCAGUGCCAAUAAAAUUGAAAUUACCCCCA